CAAUUCCCAAACCCAAUUCUCUCUCUCUCUCUCUAUAUCUCUAUAUCUCUCUCUUUGUAUAAUUGUAUCUAUAGGUUUCUGCUCAGAGUUUCAGAGGCGUUACUGCUGUUACUACUCGCACUAUUCUAUAAUCUAUACCGUUCUUUGCAUUGAAGCCGUCUUUCAAGCUGGCGAUCGAUAAUCAGGAAACCACCGUCCGGGAAUUCAAGCCGAAGAACCGGCGAAUCAUGGGAGCUGGAGGGCCGGACGAGGACGAUAACCGGUGGCCGCCAUGGCUGAAGCCUCUGCUCCGAGAGCGAUUCUUCGUUCAAUGCAAACUCCACGCCGAUUCCCACAAGAGCGAAUGCAAUAUGUACUGCCUUGACUGCACCAAUGGCGCUCUCUGUUCACUCUGCUUAGCCAAUCACAAAGACCACCGCGCCAUUCAGAUACGGAGGUCUUCAUACCAUGAUGUGAUCAGAGUUAAUGAGAUUCAGAAGUUUUUGGACAUCUCUUCGGUUCAGACCUACAUUAUCAACAGCGCUAAAGUUGUGUUCUUGAAUGAACGGCCGCAGCCCAGGCCGGGAAAGGGCGUCACCAAUACCUGUGAGGUCUGUGAGCGUAGCCUCCUUGAUUCCUUCCGCUUCUGCUCUCUUGGCUGCAAGAUUGUCGGGACAUCCAAGAACUUCGUGAAGAAGCCGAAGCACUUCUCGGAGAAGAAGAGGGCGGCGGCGGCGGCGGUGGGUUCAGACUCCGAGGACUCCUACAGCAGCAGCAGCAGUCACGGCGGCCGCCACGGCCACGGCGGCGGCGGGAAGCUUCACAGCUUCAGCCCGUCAACGCCGCCGCCAACUUCUGGCAACUACAGGGCGGCGAAGAGAAGAAAGGGAAUUCCACAUAGGGCCCCAAUGGGAGGACUGAUCAUAGAGUUCUACUAAGCAAAAUUUGCUAAUCACCCCUCAAUAUUUCUCCUAAUCAUGAAAAUCCCCCCAACACUUGCGCCUUUUUACCUUAAAGGCCAGUGUCCCCACCCCCCAUCAUAUAUUGUACAUAGUAGAAGACGCGAAUACAAGAAUGCUGAUGCCUGAUGGGAAAAACAAAAAAUGCAGGAGCAGAAAUGGGAAUAAGGAAAAGUGGAAGGACUAAAGUCUAAAUUUGUUAAUGUAGAAGUUGGGCUUAGAAAAUAAGCUAUAAUAUAUUAUAUUAUAUUAUAUAGUAUGAUGAUGGUGAAAUGUCAAAUACUCCGUACUAGAGAGUGUUUAUACAUAUAAGAAAGUUUUGUUUGUAUAAAAAUGAAAUAAAAAAAAAAUGUAUAUACUUGCCUCUUUGUGUUACAAUAUUUUAA